AUGAAGGAGGCUUUGGAUGACCUCCUGCCGCCGCGCAGCGGGGGCGCGGGCGGAAGGCGGUCCAGUGGCCGCACCUCCGUCGGGAACCUCCGCAGCGCGGUCGCGGGCGUGGCGGCGCCCGCGUUGCACGCGCGGGGCGGACAUGAGUCUCCGCGGCAACGCCAGGGCGCGUGGCCUGGGCGCACGGUGGUGGUCACCCCGUCGCCCCGCGGCAGCGGCGGCAGCGUCGGCAGCGCCGGCAGCGGAUACGGUUCCACGCUGUGGCCUCCCGCGGACGGCGGUCGUGCAGGCGGCAGGCACUCCGGCCGCUCAGUCACCUCCGCAGCACCCGUGGCCAGCCCGCCAGGCACCAGCGACUGCGGAGUGGCCGACUGCGGAGUGGCCGGUGGCGGGCUUUGGCACAGCAAGGCGGGCGGCGCCUCCGAGUCCAGGGCCCUCGCGCUCGCCGCCCCCCACGCCGCGGGCGCAGCAGAGGAGCUCCACAAAGCCCCCGUCGCGGCGUGGCCGCGCGACGCGCCCGCAGCCGCCUUCGCAGUGGCUGCGGAGGCGCUUGCGCCAUCAGCGAGCUCAUCUGCUUCCGAGAUGGCUGCAGGCACAGCGCGCCUGGCAGAGCCGGCGCGAUCUGGCUCGGGAGCCCUGCAGGGGCCGCCAGCGCCAGGGCCGCCCGUGCGGCCACCCCCUGGGCCGUCGCGCUCCUGCAGGUCGCUGGAGGGCAUGGUGCCACACCUGCCCAUACCAGAGCUGCGGCCGCUGCACCCCUUCUCGGCCGGCGAGGCGGAGGAGGACGCCGCGGCCCAGGGCCUCGACGCCUCCUCCGCGCCGAGGAUCUCGGUGCUGCUCGCGUCGACGAGGGCGGCCCCCGGCGCGGUGGGCCAGCCGCCGUCGGGUCACGCGCCCAGCUGCACGCCGGGCUGCCGGAGCAGCCGGGGGCGGCUGACGGGCGCCCCGUUCUUGCUCGGCCCGGGGCGGCGCGGCAGCAGCCGCCGGGGGAGCGCCUGCAGCAGCAUCUCGGCCGGCUCGAGGCGCAGCUCCAUCUUCAGCGUGGCCAGCUUCACGCACUUCACGAGCAGGGUGCGCGACAUCGCGGUGGGCCGCGGCUCGCAGCAGUCCGAGCACUCCGCGCUGGAGAGGGACUCCCGCUGGGACGCGGGGGGGGCGCGCCCCGUGGAGCCGCUGGGCGGUGCCCGCCUCCGGCAGCCGCCGCCCACAGCGGUCGGCAGCGCCAGCCCCACGUCGCCCUCGUCUGCCAGCAGCCCCAGGUCGCAGUCGGCCACGACUCGCUCGGGCGCGGGCGACCCGAAGGCCGCGAGGCUCGAGCGGGGCGUCACCCAGGGCAUCGCGGAGCUGCUCCGACGGCCCGCGGACGAGGAGGCGCUCGACCCAUGGGACCCGCAGAACCGGAGGAACGCCGUGCUGCUGACCCCGCAGCAGGUUGCCCCGCUGCUCCGUCGGCGCGGGCAUCUGCUGAAGCACCUCGAGUGGCCGUUCUUGGACCCGAAUUCCACCGCGCGUCGCUGCUGGGACGCCACCUACCACUGCUGCAUGGCCGUCCAGCUGGUUUAUCUGCCCUUCCAGAUCGCCUUCCUGAGCGCAGCAGACCUCGAGGACCCGCUCCUGUCUUCAGGUAGCAUCGUGCUGGCCGUCGUGGAUUUCUUCUUUCUCGCAGACAUGCUCCUGAACUUCACCACUGGCUUCUACACUUCGAUGCAGGUGCUACAGACGGACUCCAGGGCGAUCCUGAAGCACUACGCCGCCGGUUGGUUCCCCGUUGACUUCGUGGCGACCGUGCCCGCGAUCGCCUACCGAGUGGUGCUGUACAGCGGAGGCCCAGAGCUUCUGUACCUGAACGCGACGAUGCCACUUCGCCUGCUCAGGCUGGGCAAGAUCCAGGAGGAUGUGCGGCGGCUGGAGGCGCACCUCAAGUCCCCGCUUUUCACGUCCGUCAUGUGGCUGGCCAAGCUGUUCUUGCUGCCCAUCCUCAUAUCGCACUGCAGCGCCUGCCUCCUGUGGCUCGUCGGGCGCCGGAACCUCGAGCGCGACCCCUCGGUGAGCUCGUGGAUCGUGGACGGCCUUCCCGAGGUGGGCGACGGCGUGCUGCUAGGGGAGAUCUCAGUGUUCGAGAGGUACGUGUGCGCCAUGUACUUCUCCGUCACCGUGAUGUCCACCGUCGGGCUGGGCGACAUCGCCGCCCGCCUGGCCAGCGAGCGGGUGCUGCUCAUGCUCAUCAUGAUCAUCACGAGCAUCGUGGUCGGCGUGGUGGUGAACGGAGUCGCACAGUUCAUCGCGAAGCUCGGCGAACGUUCGGCGGAGACCAACGAGCGCCUCACCAGCGCCUCCAAGUUUAUGAAGUGGUACGGCGUGCCCACCGACCUCCAGGCCCGCGUGCACGUGUACCUGAAGCAGUUCUUCGACAACAAGGACCGCGAAGACAUGAAGGGGCAGCUCAUUGACUGGAUCAAGAAGUCGAAGCUGCUGCGCGCCGAACUCAACCUCGCCCUGACAGGAAACUGCCUGGCCAGCCACCGGCUGCUCGCGGAGCUGCCCCGCGACCUCCUGGUGGACGUGUGCGAGCUGUGCGACAUGGUCUUCCACCCCCCUGGCGAGGUGCUGGAGUCCCCGGGCAGCGACGUGCAGCGCUGCCUCUACAUCCGGGCGGGCUGCGUGCAGCUGAGCGAGCGGGCUUCUUCGUUGCCGCAGGCAGCACAGCUGCCACUUCCCCUGCCGCGCGACCCGCGCGAGCAGCGCGACGCGGACCGACGCGGCGGCCGCGUCCGCCGGGGGCGAGUCCUCCCGCUCGAGCUCCCGCGGGGAGGAGGACCGAAUGUGACCUCGCGGGCGAGUGGCAGGAGGACCUUGACCUGCUGCAGGCGGACCUCCGGCGCGACGGCGGCGCGCUGGGCAGCGGCUGCUUCCUGA